CAGGGAAAUGAAUGGGGAUUUUCUCCUGCACGAAGGCGACUACUAGGGGCGCUGUUGUCUAUACUCAUAAGCGGGGGAGUGAGAGGUGCAUGAAAUGGAGAAAAAUGGCGGAUCAUGUGCAGGGCCUUGCCCAGCUGGAGAUCCUAUGUAAGCAGCUAUAUGAGACUACCGACACAGCCGUCCGACACCAGGCAGAGAAAGCUCUGGUGGAGUUCACCAACAGCCCAGACUGUCUCAGCAAAUGCCAGCUACUACUGGAGAGAGGCAGUUCGUCAUACUCUCAGCUGCUUGCUGCUACCUGUUUGUCUAAACUGGUAUCUCGAACCAGCAACCCUCUACCCCUUGAGCAGCGCAUUGACAUCCGGAACUAUGUGUUAAAUUAUCUGGCGACACGGCCAAAGCUAGCAGCGUUUGUGACCCAGGCCUUGAUUCAGCUGUACGCCAGGAUCACCAAGCUGGGCUGGUUUGACUGUCAGAAGGACGACUAUGUCUUCAGAAACGUCAUCGCUGAUGUUACACGCUUUCUACAGGAUAGUGUUGAACACUGCAUCAUAGGAGUCACCAUUCUCUCUCAGCUGACCAAUGAGAUCAAUCAGGCCGACACAACGCAUCCUCUGACCAAGCACAGGAAGAUAGCAUCGUCAUUCAGAGAUUCCUCCCUCUUUGACAUUUUCACUCUCUCCUGCAACUUGCUGAAACAGGCUUCAGGGAAGAACCUGAACCUGAAUGAUGAAUCCCAGCAUGGUUUGCUGAUGCAGCUGCUGAAGCUCAGCUACAACUGUCUCAACUACGAUUUCAUUGGAACUUCCACAGACGAGUCCUCAGAUGACCUCUGCACCGUACAGAUCCCGACCUCUUGGAGAUCAGCAUUUCUUGAUUCCUCCACCCUACAACUCUUUUUCAAUUUAUAUCAUUCCAUCCCACCAUCCCUUUCACCGCUGGUGUUGUCAUGUCUUGUUCAGAUAGCCUCUGUCAGGCGGUCUCUCUUCAACAAUGCAGAGCGAGCGAAGUUCCUCUCACACUUGGUAGAUGGAGUUAAGAGGAUACUAGCAAACCCACAAUGUUUGCCAGAUCCUAACAACUACCAUGAGUUUUGUCGUCUGCUGGCGAGACUGAAGAGUAACUACCAGCUGGGGGAGCUGGUUAAAGUAGAAAACUACCCUGAAGUCAUACGCCUCAUAGCCAACUUCACUGUCACCAGUCUGCAGCACUGGGAGUUCGCCCCCAACAGCGUUCACUACUUGCUGAGUCUAUGGCAGCGUCUGGCAGCGUCUGUCCCCUAUGUUAAAGCCACUGAGCCUCAUCUGUUGGAGACCUACACUCCUGAGGUCACCAAGGCCUACAUCACAUCGCGGCUGGAGUCGGUCCAUGUCAUCCUCAGAGAUGGUUUGGAAGACCCUCUGGAUGACGCGGGCCUGGUCCAGCAGCAGUUGGACCAGCUGUCGACUAUCGGGAGGUGUGAGUACGAGAAGACGUGCGCCCUGCUGGUGCAGCUCUUCGACCAGGCGGCUCAGACCUACCAGGAGCUCCUGCAGUCCACCAACUCCAGCACCGCAGACAUCACUGUGCAGGAGGGACGGUUGACAUGGCUGGUUUACAUAAUUGGAGCAGUAAUCGGCGGUCGGGUGUCGUUCGCCAGUACAGACGAACAGGAUGCCAUGGAUGGAGAGCUAGUAUGUCGGGUGCUGCAGCUGAUGAACUUGACAGACUCGCGGCUAGCCCAGGCUGGGAACGAGAGACUGGAGCUGGCCAUGCUCAGCUUCUUUGAACAGUUCAGAAAGAUCUACAUCGGUGACCAGGUGCAAAAAUCAUCAAAGCUUUACCGCCGGCUAUCGGAGGUUCUCGGGCUGAAUGAUGAGACGAUGGUGCUCAGCGUCUUUAUUGGGAAAAUCAUCACCAAUCUGAAGUACUGGGGCCAGUGUGAACCAAUCACCUCCAAGACACUUCAGCUUCUCAACGACCUCUCCUUAGGAUACAGCAGCGUGAGGAAGCUGGUGAAGCUCAGUGCUGUCCAGUUCAUGCUGAACAACCACACAAGCGAGCACUUCUCCUUCCUGGGAGUGAACAACCAGUCAAAUCUCAGCGACAUGCGUUGUCGGACCACCUUCUACACUGCACUUGGACGCCUGCUAAUGGUCGACCUAGGCGAGGACGAGGACCAGUUUGAGCAAUUCAUGCUGCCUCUGACGGCUGCCUUUGAAGCUGUGGCUCAGAUGCUGAGCACAAACACCUUCAAUGAACAGGAAGCCAAGAGGACGUUGGUGGGGUUGGUCCGAGACCUGCGAGGCAUUGCGUUCGCCUUCAAUGCCAAGACGAGCUUCAUGAUGCUCUUUGACUGGAUAUAUCCAGCUUACAUGCCCAUCCUGCAGAGAGCAAUAGAGCUGUGGUACCACGACCCAGCAUGCACCACGCCUGUCCUCAAACUCAUGGCUGAGCUCGUUCACAACAGGUCCCAAAGGCUACAGUUUGACGUGUCGUCACCCAAUGGGAUCCUGCUGUUCAGAGAAACCAGCAAGAUGAUCACUACCUACGGAAAUCGCAUCCUGACGCUGGGUGAGGUCCCCAAGGACCAGGUGUACGGGGUGAAGCUGAAGGGAGUCAGCGUAUGUUUCGCGAUGCUCAAGGCUGUCCUCAGUGGCAAUUACGUCAACUUCGGGGUCUUCCGUCUGUAUGGCGACGACGCUCUGGACAAUGCCUUGCAGACCUUCAUCAAACUACUGCUGUCCAUCCCUCACAGUGACUUACUAGACUAUCCCAAGCUUAGCCAGUCAUUCUACUCUCUGUUGGAAGUGCUGACUCAGGACCACAUGAAUUUCAUCGCUAGUCUGGAGCCACAUGUGGUCAUGUACAUCCUGUCGUCAAUAUCAGAAGGGCUCACCGCGCUGGAUACGAUGGUGUGCACAGGAUGCUGCUCCAGUCUGGACCACAUCGUAACCUACCUGUUCAAGCAGCUCUCGCGCUCCACCAAAAAACGGCCCGCUCCAAUGGCAACAGAUGAUCGUUUCCUGCACAUCAUGCAGCAGCACCCAGAGAUGAUUCAACAGAUGCUCUCCACCGUUCUGAACAUCAUCAUCUUUGAGGACUGUCGAAACCAGUGGUCCAUGUCUCGGCCUCUUUUAGGCUUGAUCCUACUCAACGAGAAGUAUUUUGCAGACCUGAGGAACAGCAUUGUGAACAGCCAGCCCCCAGAGAAGCAGCAAGCCAUGCACUUGUGUUUUGAGAACUUGAUGGAGGGAAUCGAGCGCAACCUGCUAACCAAGAAUCGGGACAGGUUCACGCAGAACCUGUCCGUGUUCAGGAGGGAAGUCAACGACAGCAUGAAGAACUCGACGUAUGGGGUCAACAGCAACGACAUGAUGAGCUGACAUUCCACACGGCAGAGUCUUAUCCAAACGCACCCAGAGUCCCCCGUCCUCGCUCCUCCACCGCUCUCCUCCCCACCAGCACUUCCCCCUCCGCAUCAGCCUUUCUCCGCCCUUGGGCCAGGAUGCCUAGGGAUCAUUUCUUAACCCCAAGAUAACCAGCUGCUGCAUGUGCAGUAGCUUAUCGGGGUAUUGAUAAAUAUAACAAAUAAACCACCAUGCAUCUCUUUUACGUUGCACCUUCUCAUUUCUUUUUUUUUUUCUUUUUUCUUUUUUUUUUUUUUUUCUUUUUUGGUCCCCACCGCCCCUGCCCCCCUCCUUUUUGAUAUAAGCAUAUAUAAAUAUAUACAGAUCUAUUUUAAAGCCAGUCCGCAGUGGUCUCAAGGGGCCACUAAUCUGGCUGUCCUAUGAGUGGAGGGGUUGGGGUUUUGGGGGUCCGGAGGUGGGAAGUGAGGGUGCACCUCUACGCACUCUGGAGGGAGCAAAUCAUUGAAAAGAGUGAAGGAGGGAGUGCUCUGGAUGAAAAGGGGGAAUGAAUGCCGGUAAACGUAGUAAUCUGCUUCUGCCUGCCUUGUAUAGAAAACACACAAAACAAGUGUACAUUUUUUUUUCGUAACAUUUUGAACAAUGUUUAUAAUGAUUGAAUUUAAAAACACAAGCUGAGUUAAAAAAAAAAAAAUGAGUGAUUGAGCUUUUUACAGUGUAGUGAGUUAGUGCACCUGUCUGUCUGUGUGGGGAGCGAGCUUUCCACGAGAGCUGAAGAGCGGGACGAGAGAGAGAGAGAGAGAAAGGCAGUGUAACCUGAGCUGUGUGGAGUGGCCAGAGAGGAACACAGAGCACUUAGGCUGCAGAGUUGGCAAGAUGAAAGGAAAAAGAGGUACAUACACUAAUAAAGAUGGAGAGUCAGAGCAUCCAUGUUGUACAUUUUUCUCAGUCUCUGGUCAGAGUGAUGUAAAUAGCCACUUCCCUUGCGGCAGCAGGCUUGGCAGGAUUUAGCUCCCUGGCUUGUCUGUCACAGCUCUGCCCUUCUCAAAGCAAUCGCUACACACUAGACCCAUGCCCUGUAGGUCUUCUGUGCAUACACUUGCUUGUUCCCCUUUACAGUUUGCAAUGAUUGAUGUGUAAGCAAUAUGGUAAUAGCUACAUUUUACCCUCUGGUAGGCUGGGUGCAGUUUCCACCAUUUUGUUUACACUCUGGAUCCCUUGGACCAGGUUUUGGGACCGCCCCAUUCUUAGGACUAGGUCCUGCAGUGGAGUCCUCUUUUAGGUGGGUGGGUGGGUGGGUGUGUGUGUGCGCAAGUACGUGUUAUUGUCUGCCUGUGUGUGAGUGAGUGUGUGUGUGUGUGUGUGUGUGUGUGUGUGUGGUGAAAUGGCUCUCUGUUGCCUGGUGUGUAUGUGGCGUCCCAUGGUGCUGCGACUGCUAGAACCUCUGAUGACAGCCGGGGUCUGGGCCACCGGAGAACAACUCGUUCCCAGUUCCGGCGCAUCAGCAUUGAAACAUUAGUUCUUGUCAUCAGAGCUCCCUGAAGGAAUCCAGUUUUAUUUUAAAUAUUUGAAGAAUAUUGCAUCAACUCUGGUAGAAGUCAGAGCAGUGUAAAAAGAGAUACAGGAAUGGAGUAUAUUAGCAACUUGUGUUAUUCUUCUACGAUGUUGCUGCUAACUGUUUGUGACAACUAGCUCAUCUCUAACCAUGUCAGCACUCAUGGAUGUUCAUUUGAGUUUCUAAUUUUUGGUUUGUCCCUGAUGUGAAUGUGUUGGGUCCAUAGAGUGAAUAGCUGUUUGAGUCGUUUGGAUGUCUGCUACAUAUAGUGUAAGCAUUGUGACUGCAAAUAAACCUCCUUGGUUUGUA